GGGGGUGGAGGGCCUCGCAAGAAGGUCGUUCGGUCUUCGGGUGAAUUGCCCGAAGAAAAUCAAUUUAAUAAGGCCACAUGCCUUAUUAUACAAGGCAAUAUUGAAGGAGGGAAAUCAUCCUGUUCUCCCUAAAUCAAAAUGUCUGUCCACGCAAACGGGAAGACUCCUUCGCACCCCUUCAGCGACUCGCCAUUCCGCACUCGUGCCGAUUUCCAACAGGCAUGCUGUGCUCUUCUCAACCCUUUGCUUCCUCUCUUUACCCCGGGCUGCAGUCGCGUCAAGAUCGGCUCGUCCACGACUCGAUUUGAUGAGGGCGGUGCCCAGAUUGAGGGUUAUGCUCGUCCACUGUGGGGCUUAGCAUCUCUCCUUGCGGGAGAUUAUGACUAUCAAGAAGCGGCGCGGUGGAGAGAGGGACUGAUCAAUGGCACUGAUCCCGAAAGUCCUGAAUAUUUUGGUGAUAUUGAGGAUCUUGACCAGCGCAUGGUGGAAAUGUGUCCGAUCGGCUUCACGCUCGCAGUGGCGCCUCAUGUUUUCUGGGAUCCGCUGACUGAUAAACAAAAGGAUAAUGUGGCAAAGUGGCUGAAUAGUAUAAACGCACGCGAGAUGCCCAAUACUAAUUGGCUAUGGUUCCGAGUUUUCGCCAACCUCGGACUGAGAAAGAACGGCGCGUCCUAUUCAUUGUCACGUAUCGAAGCUGACAUGGACCACCUGGAUACUUUCCAUGUCGGUGGUGGGUGGAGUAAUGAUGGCCCAAAAAGCCAUCAUCAAAUGGAUUACUACUCUGGAUCGUUCGCAAUACAAUUCUUGCAACUUUUGUAUUCGAAGCUUGCGGGAGAUUUUGAUCCGGGGCGGGCUGAAAGAUAUCGUCAGCGAGCCAAGGAGUUCGCAAAGGACUUUGUUCACUAUUUCAACCCUGACGGUCGGGCUAUUCCGUUUGGCCGUUCAAUGACCUAUCGUUUCGCCAUGGUGGGUUUCUGGGGUGCUUUGGGUUUUGCAGAUGUCGAACUACCCGCGCCCUUGACCUGGGGGGUCGUGAAAGGCAUCCUACUUCGCAACUUCCGCUGGUGGGCUACCCAGCGAGACAUCUUCAACAAUGACGGCACUCUAAACCUGGGAUACUGUUAUGCGAACUCAUACCUGACGGAGAAUUACAACUCUCCCGGUUCUCCAUAUUGGUGUUGUCUCUCUUUCAUUCCACUGGCACUGCCAGAGACGCACCCCUUCUGGGCUUCAGAGGAAGAACCAUACCCGACAGCCUCCCUCCCCGAGGUUAUAGCGCUGAAGUACCCCAAACAUAUCGCCAUCCGUCGAGGAGGACACUCCUUCCUGCUAUCCUCCGGACAAGCGUGCCACUACCCGAUGAAAGCAACACAUGCCAAGUACGGCAAGUUCGCGUACAGCUCUGCAUUUGGAUACUCCGUUCCCACUGGUGGUUACCAGCUGGAACAGUUUGCCCCCGAUAGUAUGCUCGCAUUAUCCGACAAUGGCGAGUUUUGGAAGACGCGGCGAUUAGUGGAAGAUGCACGUUUUGAGGAGCCUGGCCAGGAUGACCUGCCUGUUCUCGUUUCCGAGUGGAAGCCCUGGCCUGAUGUCGAGAUCGAGACAAUUCUGAUUCCUCCAAUGUCCGAGACUCCAAAUUGGCAUAUGCGUGUGCACCAUGUGCGGACUGGCCGGGCUCUCCAGAGCUCAGAGGGCGCCUUUGCAAUCUAUGGAUGUCGCAGCGAUAAUGGACGCACUCUGGGCCCAAUGGAGGGCGCUUCGCAGGAAGGGACGAUCAGUGGUUCAGGUAACGCGCUCGUUGCUUCGUCGGCUGGAGUCGUGGGUAUUGUCGAGCUUCAUGCCUCGGGUUUGCGAGAUGGCAGGAUUGUUCUCGCUGAUCCGAACUCGAACAUUAUUCAUGGGCGUACACUCUUGCCGUCGUUGAGCGUGGACUUGCUACCUGGGCAGGACAGAUGGUUUGUGACCGCUGUAUUCGCAUUGCCAGAAAGUACCGAUGACUGGCGUGCUAUGUGGGAGCAACAGCCAGCUAUUCCAGAAUGGUUGGCUACGCGAAUCAAAGAUUCUGCUUGAGCUGGUAGUAUACCCGAGGUAUCCUCGCAUGAAACGUUUCACAUAAUAACCGCAUGUU